AUGUCUUCUUCAGACAUGCACAAGAACCCGGACUCCUUCGGGCUGGCCGCAGACAGACAUCUGGAAACCGCCUCCUCUGUAUCAUGGGAGAACUCACCAAAGGAACCCUUUGUGACCCGCUUUAUCGACUCUUUCAAGCCAUAUCAGUUGGAAGAUGAUGGUGUUGACACUUCGCAUAUGACGGAGAUGGAGAAGUCUAUCUACGCUACCGCCAGACAUCCGUUGGCCAGAAGAUUGAAGAGCAGACAUUUGCAGAUGAUUGCAAUUGGAGGUGCCAUCGGUACUGGUUUGUUCGUUGGAAGUGGUUACGCCUUGUUCUUGGGUGGUCCCGCUGGUCAGUUGAUUGCGUACAUUUUGGUUGGUUUCUCGUUGUACUGUGUUGUGAAUGCUUUGGGUGAGUUGUCUGUGCAAUUCCCUGUGUCUGGUUCCUUCAAUGCAUUUUUUGCCCGUUUCAUUGAGCCUUCGUGGGGUUUCACCAUUGGUUUGAUGUAUGCAUUGACUUGGCUUAUUUCGUUCCCAUCGGAGUUGGUGGCUUGUUCGUUGACUAUUCAGUAUUGGAAUCAGUCCGUCAAUCCCGCAGUGUGGGUUGCAAUUUUCUAUGUCCUUAUUUGUGGUAUUAAUAUGUUCGGUGUUAUCGGCUACGGUGAGGUAGAGUUCGCUCUUUCCAUCAUCAAGGUCUUGGCCGUCAUCGGUUUCAUUAUCUUGGGUGUUUGCAUUAUUUGUGGUGUCGGUGACCAGGGUUACAUUGGUGGAAAGUACUGGCACAACCCAGGUGCUUUCAAUCACGGUUUCAAAGGUGUGUGUUCUUGUUUCAUCACCGCAGCCUUUUCUUUCGGUGGUAUCGAACUUGUAGCCUUGGCUGCCUCUGAAACCGCAAACCCUCGUAAGUCCUUGCCAAAAGCUACCAAGCAGGUGUUCUGGAGAAUCACCGUUUUCUACCUCGUCACUUCUGUGAUUAUUGGUUGUUUGGUUCCUUACGACAACGACUCCUUGCUUAACAGUGACUCUCAGGUCAACUCCUCUCCAUUCGUCAUUGCCAUUAGAAGCGCUGGUAUCAAGGUCCUCCCUGACAUUAUGAACGUCGUCAUUUUGAUUUCCGUUGUUUCUGUUGGUAACUCCUCCGUUUACGGAUGCUCUCGUACCCUUGCCUCUUUGGCAGUGCAAGGCUUGCUUCCAAAAUCUGUAGGUUACAUUGACAGAAAGGGAAGACCUCUUGUUGCCGUUAUGAUCACUAAUAUUUUCGGUCUUCUUGGUUUCUUGGCUGCCGACGCUAAACAUCAAUCGAACGUUUUCACUUGGCUCUUCUCUAUCUGUUCUCUUGCCGCUUUCUUUACUUGGGCAUCCAUUUGUCUCAUUCACAUCAGAUUCAGAAUGGCUUUAUCUGCUCAGGGUAGAUCCACGGAUGAGGUUAUUUUCACUUCGCCUUUGGGCAUUUACGGCUCUAUUGCCGGUUUUAUUAUUUUGAUCUUGAUCAUUAUUGGACAAAUUUGGAUUUCUAUCUGGCCAAUUGGCGUCGAUGGUGCCAGCAACGUCACCUUCUGGAAACAGUGUCUUUCGUUGCCUCUACUCCUUGUCAUUUGGGCCUCUUUUAAGACAUACAAGCGCACCUGGAACUUACUUUGGAUCAGGUUGGUUGACAUCGAUCUCGACUCCGGAAGAAGAGAGAUGGACAUUGAAGUUAUCAAGCAAGAGUUGGCAGAUGAGAGGGCUUUGCUCAAGCUGAAGCCUCUUUGGUAUAGAGUUUCCAACUUUUUCUGUUAG